AUGGCCAACUCAGGUCUCCAGUUGUUGGGUUAUUUCCUGGCGCUGGGCGGCUGGAUCGGCAUCAUCUCCACCACCGCCUUACCCCAGUGGAAGCAGUCGUCAUACGCCGGCGAUGCCAUCAUCACGGCCGUGGGUCUGUACGAGGGGCUGUGGAUGAGCUGCGCCUCGCAGAGCACAGGACAGGUGCAGUGCAAGAUCUUUGACUCCAUGCUCUCGCUGGACAUCCACAUCCAGACAUGUCGGGCCCUCAUGGUGGUGUCAGUGCUGCUGGGCUUUAUCGGCAUCAUCGUCAGCGUGGUGGGCAUGAAGUGCACCAAGGUGGGAGAUAACAACCCAGCCACCAAGACCCGCAUCGCAGUGACCGGAGGCGCUCUCUUCCUGCUCGCAGGUCUAUGUACUCUGGUGUCUGUGUCCUGGUAUGCCACUCAGGUGUCCUAUCUGUUCUUCAACCCAAAUACACCGCCCAACGCCAGGUAUGAGUUCGGCUCAGCCCUGUUCGUGGGCUGGGCGGCGGCCAGUCUGACAGCACUGGGCGGCUCCUUGCUGUGCUGCUCCUGCUCCAAAGACAUGCGAGGACAGCAAUAUUACCGCCAAUCACAGCCUUCCACAGCCAGGGAACCAAAUGUUAAAAGUACCCCACCAGAGAAAAGGGAGCAGUACUUGUAG